CCAAACACAGCUUUUCAUUUCCUCCUCCACAUAAAAAGGGAGGGGAGCGCCAGUACUGAAUGCCCAGGAAACAGAAUAUGGCGGGAUCAACGUCGCUGGAGGGUCACGAAUUCGGCUCCUUCCACUCCGCCUUCGGUUCCGAGGCUUCGUCGCCGGAGAGCUCACCCCAACAUGGGAGGGGACAGGCGUUGGCGAUGGCGAUGGCGGCGGCGGCGGCACGGCGUGUGACGAAUAGGGGUGGCGAUGGCGGUGGCUGUGGGCAAGACAAUGAGGUGGGCGGGGAGAGGAGGCCGAGGGCCACAGAAUCGCCGGCUUUGAAGACGGCAGAGUUUGGGUUGAGGGUUUUGGAGGUGGCGCUGUGCUUGAUCUCGUUGUCGGUGAUGGUUGCCGACCAGACUCAGGGAUGGAGCGGCGACUCUUUUAACCGUUACUGGGAAUUCAGGAUCUUGAUACCAACUUAUCGAAUUCUCUCAAGGAGGGUUUCGUGGGAGGCUACCUUGGGACUUUUAUUUCGGCUCUUGAGUAGCCCAAUCUUCCUCCUACAUCGUAGGUACUGCCUGGCGGUGACAAUAAUAGGAUUCGCAUAUUCAGGACUUCAAGCAUGUGCCUUGGCCGUUCAUAUAGUCGUUGGAAAGCGCUUAAUUUCUAAUCACCCUCGACAUCUUUUAGAAUUUGCAAUGGAUCAGACGGUGGCAUAUCUUCUGAUCUCAGCCUCAUCAGCAGCAGCCACAAGGGCAGAGGAUUGGGUGUCAAAUUGGGGAAAGGAUGAGUUCACACAGAAGGCCUCUGCUUCCAUUGCCAUGUCCUUCUUGGCUUUUGCUGCCUUCUCCCUCACCUCUAUCAUUUCUGCUUCUCACAUCUUCUCUUAAUUAACCCCUUAAUUACCAUCCACACAUGCACACGCACAUACAUAUAUAUAUAUAUAGGCAUGUACAUAAUUGGGUACCAUUUGAAGGAAGAAAUUUAGAGUUUAGAGUUUAGAAUUGUAAAUCAAUAGAGUGAGUUGUGAAUGUAAUUUGUAAGUACAUACUUUUCUAAAGUUAUGAGUUUAACUUGUGUUUGUUUCUUUUACUAAUAGUUGUUGGGAAGCAAUAAUUCUCGGU